AAAAACUUGUGACUCCAACCCUCUUUACAUCUUGAUCUACCAAACUCCCUUCCACAACUCACUGGCUCGCCAAUCCGUGUCCUGAGCACGGCUCAGUCGUUCUUUUGCUUGGUCCUCAUCUUCAAGAGCCGGUCAGCCCAGAGCUCCCUUCUCAUCAUGGCUGCUUCCACCCGAGCUCUCCACCAAGCCUCCCGCUUCGCUCUGCGACAAUCUCUCCCAAAGCCUCAAUCUUCUCUCCGAUCUUUCUCCACCCGUGCCCUCCCUCUUGCUCAUAGACAGCAUCUAGUCACCUUCAAGACCCCGGCAUGGCAACAGGCCAGGAAAUUCACCCGGUCGACAAAACGAUAUGCCGCUGUUCAGGAAGCUCCUCGAGCCGAGUCAUAUCUCGAAAGUGGAGUCAUUGAGCCUGGCAAGAACCUCGUUGAUGUCAAGAAAGUGCUGGUUAUUGGCAGUGGUGGGUUGAGUAUUGGACAGGCUGGUGAAUUCGAUUAUUCCGGUGCCCAAGCUCUGAAGGCCCUCAAGGAAUCCGGUGUCGCCUCUGUCCUCGUCAAUCCCAACAUCGCGACUAUUCAGACCGAUCACAAGCUCGCUGACGAAGUCUACUACCUCCCUGUUACUCCCGAAUAUGUCUCCUACGUGAUUGAGCGAGAAAAGCCUGAUGGCAUUCUUCUCACCUUUGGUGGUCAAACUGGUCUCAAUCUUGGUGUUCAGAUGAACCGAAUGGGCCUUUUCGAGCGAUACGGAGUCAAGGUCCUCGGUACUCCCAUCAAAACACUCGAGACCAGCGAGGAUCGUGACCUUUUCGCCAAGGCUUUGAACGAGAUCAACAUUCCCAUUGCUCAGUCGAUUGCAGUUGGCUCAGUCGAAGAAGCCCUCAAAGCUGCCGAAUCUGUCGGCUACCCCAUCAUCGUUCGUUCGGCAUACGCUCUCGGAGGCUUGGGUUCUGGCUUCGCCGCAAAUCCAGAAGAGCUGAGCAAUCUGUCAUCCCAAUCCUUGUCGCUCUCUCCCCAGAUUCUGGUCGAGAAGUCGCUCAAGGGAUGGAAAGAGGUCGAAUACGAAGUCGUCCGUGACGCUGAAGACAACUGCAUCACCGUUUGCAACAUGGAGAACUUUGACCCGUUGGGAAUCCAUACUGGUGACAGUAUUGUGGUUGCUCCAAGUCAGACCUUGAGCGAUGAGGAAUAUCACAUGCUCCGUACAGCGGCUAUCAAGAUUGUCCGACAUCUUGGUGUUGUUGGUGAAUGCAAUGUGCAAUACGCCCUACAGCCCGAUGGUCUCGACUACCGUGUUAUUGAAGUCAAUGCUCGUCUCUCUCGAUCCUCGGCCCUUGCGUCCAAAGCUACUGGCUAUCCUUUGGCUUACACAGCUGCUAAAAUCGGGCUUGGACAUACACUUCCUGAGCUGCCUAACGCUGUGACCAAGACUACCACUGCCAACUUUGAGCCCAGUUUGGAUUACAUUGUCGUCAAAAUUCCUCGAUGGGAUCUCUCCAAAUUUCAACACGUCAAGCGCGAUAUUGGCAGUGCCAUGAAGUCUGUGGGCGAAGUCAUGGCCAUUGGAAGGACUUUUGAGGAGUCCUUCCAGAAGGCUAUUCGUCAGGUUGACCCUAGGUAUGUCGGCUUCCAGGGCGACAAGUUCGACGACCUGGAUGAUACUCUGCGAAACCCAACAGACCGACGAUGGCUCGCUGUUGGUCAGGCCAUGAUUCAUGAAAAUUACUCUGUUGACAAAAUUCACGACUUGACAAAGAUCGACAAAUGGUUCCUUCAUAAGCUACAGAACCUCAAGGACACAAUGGUCGAAAUCCAGGAAAUCGGAUCUCUCUCUGGAAUCAAGCACGAACUCAUGCUCAAAGCCAAAAAGCAAGGCUUCUCUGACAAGCAGAUUGCUUCGUAUGUCAACUCAACCGAGGGCGAGGUGCGAACUCGUCGCCAGAAAUUCGGCAUUCGACCAUGGGUAAAGAAGAUCGAUACCCUUGCCGCCGAAUUCCCAGCCGACACCAAUUAUCUGUACACCACCUACAAUGCUUCUUCACAUGAUGUGACCUUCGAUGACCAUGGUAUGAUCAUUCUUGGUUCCGGUGUCUACAGAAUUGGAUCAUCUGUCGAGUUCGAUUGGUGUGCGGUAAAUGCUGCAGUUUCUCUACGAAACAUGGGCAACAAGACGGUCAUGAUUAACUUCAAUCCAGAAACUCUCAGCACCGACAGUGAUGUGGCCGACAAGCUUUACUUCGAGGAAUUGUCAUACGAACGAGUUAUGGACAUUUACGAGCUGGAAGCUGGAAGCGGAAUCGUUGUGAGCACAGGUGGACAACUUCCUCAAAACAUCGCGCUGCGACUUCAAGAGGAAGGCGGUGCAAAGAUCCUUGGUACAGACCCCAAAGAUAUCGACAGAGCUGAAGAUCGCCACAAAUUCUCAAGCAUCCUCGAUUCCAUCGGCGUUGACCAGCCGGCCUGGAAGGAACUCACUUCGGUGGCUGAUGCUGCGACGUUCGCUGAGUCUGUUGGCUACCCUGUCCUUGUUCGUCCAUCAUACGUUCUCUCCGGUGCCGCCAUGUCCGUUAUCUACAGCCAAGAUGAGCUGAAGGACAAGUUGGAAUCCGCUUCAGCUGUUUCACCCGACCAUCCCGUCGUCAUCACAAAAUUCAUCGAAGGUGCUCAGGAGAUCGAUGUCGAUGCCGUUGCCAAUAAUGGCAAACUGAUUCUUCACGCCGUCUCAGAACACGUGGAGGCUGCUGGUGUUCACUCUGGAGAUGCAACAUUGGUGCUCCCUCCUGCCAAUCUUGACCAGAGCAUCAUGGAUCGAGUCAAGGAGAUUGCUGAGAAGGUUGCCGUCGCUUGGAAGAUCACUGGUCCUUUCAACAUGCAGAUUAUCAAAGCCGAUGUUCCUGGUGAAGAACCCGCUCUUAAGGUUAUCGAGUGCAACUUGCGUGCCUCGCGAUCUUUCCCUUUUGUCAGCAAGGUUCUCGGUGUGAACUUUAUUGACACUGCCACCAAAGCCUUGGCUGGACAAGAGGUUCCUGAACCACAGGACCUCAUGGCUGUGAAACGGGAUUAUCUCGCCACCAAGGUUCCACAAUUCUCGUGGACCCGUCUCGCUGGUGCUGAUCCAUUCUUGGGAGUUGAGAUGAGCAGCACUGGUGAAAUUGCUUGCUUCGGAAAGGAUCUCAUCGAAGCAUACUGGGCAUCCUUGCAAUCAACCAUGAAUUUCCGCAUGCCCGAACCAGGUGAGGGAAUACUUCUCGGCGGUUCGACUGAGCUUCCCGAGCUUUACAAGAUUGUCGAAAAUCUCCAGCCACUAGGCUACAAUUUCUAUGCUGCCAGCCCAGAGAUCAAGAAGCAUCUGGAGCAGACUGGAGCACAUAUCGAAGUGAUUGAGUUCCCCAAGACCGACAAGAACAAGCUCCGAGGAGUUUUCCAGAAAUACGAUAUCCGUGGCGUGUUCAACAUUGCCAAAACCCGAGGCAAGACCUUGUUGGAUGAAGAUUAUGUGAUGAGACGAAAUGCUGUGGAUUUUGGUGUCCCUCUAUUUAUGGAACCUAAGACCGCACUUCUUUUUGCGCAAUGCAUGAACGCCAAACUCCCACGCAAGGAGGGCAUCCCGCCUGAGGUGCGAAGCUGGAGUGAGUUUGCAGGCGGCAAAAUGAUGUAAUUGGAUCAGAUUGUUGGGUGGGUGGUUGGCAAGACCCGGUUGUUGAGUAACAAAAAGUUCACUGGGAGAGAGGCGGCAGAUGUGUAAUGCAUUGCUACGAAUUCAGCGAGUGUUUUUGGCGAACACAGAUGGAUGUGUCUGUCGUCGGGACGCGGUCGCGGUCGCGGUUGCGGAAGUGGAAUAUCCGUUCCGUCCAUAGAGCGAAAAGUAUUUUUUCUAGACGGCGUUAAUGAUAUGCGUUGAGCAUGGUAUAGGUUGAUGGGGUGGGUAGGGUGUAGUGAAUGUUUGAUGUCAAUGUAAGUACUGGUAGAUUACUGAGGCGGAUGCAAGGCUGAACAUUUUGAGGGGGACAAGACAAACCCGAGAAAGGUGCAUUAUCAAUAUUAAUAACAUACGG